CGUAUUUCGCGCUUUAGAAAAAAAAUCCCUUUGAAAUUGUUCUUAUACAACUGAUGCCUAAUUUGGCCAUACUGGAUUUGACUGCGUUUCAAAUUCCGUAACGAUAUUUUGGCAAGUGGCGAGGUAGCAUUUUGGAAGUUCGUUUGUGCGAUUUUGCGUUGGACAGUUUCUUUCACGUGUUAGAAACAUGGUGAGAACAAAGGCGGAUAGAGUGCCAGGAAAAGCUGUAGGCAGUAAGGCGCCUGGAAAAGUUAGCGCGGGUUCUGCUGGCAAGAAAAAUAAUGGCAGAAAAAGUGCAGGAAAAAGCUAUGGAGGUGGAAAUCCCUAUCAUCCAAGAGAAACACCAGAGUGGCAGAAACCUAUCACUUCAUUUAUGAAUAUAAGUUCAAAGACAACUACAAGUAACGCAUCACCAAUAAAAGAAAAAAUUGAAACUCGAGCUUCAAAGUCUAACUGUGAGGAUCCAAAUGCUGAAGAAAGCACAACAGAAGAAGACGAUGAAACUGAUUAAAAUAUUUCUAUAUCUUAUUCCACUUCUCAUAUCUUUCUUUAAUAUUUUAUUGUUAAAUUAUUUAUGUUUAUUUUAACUAUUUAACUGUUAUAUUUUCUUAUCAUGUAUUCAUAAGUUGUAAAUAGUUAGGUACUACAGGUAUAAGAGAAAACAAGACAAAUUUUUCAUUUUAUUGUCGUUUAGUAGGACUUCGUGUUCAUUAUUGUAAUAAGUGUUAGCUUUCAAAUUAAUUGUAAAUAAACGGAAGCGAUCAACUUGCAUUUAAAA